AUGCCCUUCGAGCGAAGAGAAAUUCCCCCAAAUCCACCGCGAUGGCAGCCCAAUUCUGAUCCAAACUCUAUUGAAAUCCCAGGUCUAGACCAUUCAGCCCCUCCAAAUGAACAAAUUGAACAAAUCGAGCAGUUGAUCACUCUCAAGUUACAGAACAUUGACGAAAAUUUUUCAAAGAUAUACCACCUUUUAUCCACAAGAAUCCUGCCAGCUGUAAAACGAUAUGCUGUUGGGACGGAGCCAGUGAGAGAGGCAGCCAAGUUCUGGGUAUCUUUCUAUGAGCAGGCAGCUCAGAUACGGAUACCUACGUAUGAAGAAGCGGAAGAAACUUCCAUUGAAAGGCCGAGCGAGCGGAGCACCACGGAACAAAGCACAACAGAGACGGAGUCCUCUCAGCCCUACGAUAGCCAUUCCAUCAUCUCCUCCUCCUCUGAAUCCUCGUUCAUGCCAUCCCACGCCGCUUUCUCGUCUACCCCCGCAACUAACCGUGUCACCUCAACCAACCAAUCCCUCGAUACAGACCGAUCCGAUGAUCCUUCAUGGGGCAGCUCUCUUGAAUCACCUAUCAUCAGACUCAAUCGAGAACUUCAAAACUUUUCACGAACGGAUCUGGAGGAAGUUGGCCUUAGCGGGGAACAAUCUACUUUCCGUCAUGACCCCCCUUUCACAGUUCGCAAAGGAAAAGAGAAAGAGAAAGAACAACCUCUUCUCCGGAGUAUCCUUCGGCACACUAUUCUUCCCGCAGGAGACGCAUUAUCAUCCAACACACCUCACUUACCUGUUUCUCCUCUUCGACCCAAGAAGCUCAAGACACCCGUCCCUAAAGAGUUCAAUCCAUACCUUCCCCCAGAUUCCAAACCUAAAGAUUGGAGUGGUGUUGUUGAUCUACGCGAACCGUCCGUUACUACUCCACAGCAACCAUUUAGACGAACGACUAAACCGUCGGCAUCGUCAUUCCCUUACCGUCGCUCCCCAGUCAAACCCAUCAUUCACGAUGAGUCUGACGAUGACGACUUCGAUAACGAUGGUCUGCCCCCUGGCAUGUCACCUCCACGAUUUAUGUCUCCCGCUCGACCGAAAGGAUUGCAGUCGGUCGAACCGGGUGGUCUGAGACUAGCUAAAACGCCCAGAAGAGAGGCUAUAACUAGGAUUACACAAGAUACAAUUAGUGACGUCCAGAGCGUUGCAUCUGGGAGAUUCCUUUCCUCUGCUCGCAAUACAAACGCGGCACACCGGUAUGGUGGUACGGAAUCUAGCAUAAGCACAGUUCUAACUCCCCCGUCGCUGUCGCGGUACACGAGGGAUACGAGUAGUAGUAUGGAGACUAGUCUGGAAGCUAUGAUGCAACGUGUGGGGUUGAAGGGACCACCACAAUCCCAGGCGGAUGAGGAUUCGGAUGCAUGGUACCAACAACCACAACGGGAUGAUGCGGGACCUUCUUCUCAUCCUAGAGAAGACACGGAGCGGUUGUAUGAUCGUGAUCAGCAGCAAGAGUAUGUGACUCCAAGCCAACACCAAAUUGAUGACGACGACGAUUCAUUUUUCGACGACCCCGCUACCGUUCAACCUGGUGGGCCAUCUGCAGCGUUCCUUAUGGCAUCUCAGAACCGACGACCUCUCGAUGGUGAAGAUUCGUUCGAUGACAGGUCGGACGAUUCUUUGGAUCAGAAUCUGGAGGGCAUGGCCCCAAUUCAUCCAUUCGCGAGAACCAUCUCGAUCGAUAACUUGGAUGACUCGUUUGACGAUGACUCUUAUGAAGCUGAUAUGCGUGGUGCCGAGAUUCCGACGGAGACGUUGUUUGGUGUGGCUCCCGGGGAGAGAGAGCAGUACGAGCAGCAGAGGGAGUUGAGGAUGCAUGGACUUGGAGGGAGCAUUCUGGAUGUUUCCGGUGAGGGGUUGACUGAACAGAUUGGAAGAGUUGAGGACACACCUACACCUGCUAGUGGGUGGAGAGGGUGAUUGACGACUGAGCAUGAGAUGUGUGCUUUCUUGUGCUCUUGCUGUUUCUGUUUCUUUUCUUGGGGUUUUCGCUUGACCUUGCUGAGCAUGCUACACGCCCUUCAAUGAACCUUUUGCUUUCUUUCUUGUUACACGCAGUCGUCCACCUUGACCGUUCCCAUCUCAUUUUACGGAGCGUAGGUUGCUGAGCUACUGCGACCUCACGACGGCUUUGAUGGAUAGAAGGUUAUCCAGAUCCGUUCAGAACCUUACUUCAGACUGCAAACUCAGUCCAUAGAUUCUAUUCGUUGGACACAAAACGGGAUACUCGUCCUAAUUCACACUUGCGAGGGUUCAUUCUCAUGAAAGCGCGACGUGAACAACUGGCUCUAAUCCCAAGAACCGAGUGCGAUGUUUAUCACAUAGUACGAUACCUCUCAACCAGGAGCCUACGUGACGGUAUCAGAGGGUACCCCUAACGGUAAGGCGGUUCCUGCGCUCAUGAUGCGUAUAUUUCGGGGUGAGGAUCAGAAGCGAAGAUUAAUACGUUUCAAUAAGGUUCCGGCGAGCGCAAUAGUACUUCAGUAUUCAGCCAUUGUGAAUUCCUAGUUGCUCAUUUCUGACUUACGGUCAACGAAUUCAAGGUGUGCUUUUGGCCGUGUUCACUUAUGUCCAAGUUCCUUGUCUAGGCUGUUGAAUGGUUAUUACGAUGACCCAGUUCCCGCCGGCUUCUUUGAGGAUACAAACUUUGGUGACUGCCGCAACUACAUACAGCCAUCCAACUGUCGCCUUAAAUCCCGUCUUUCACCUUCGGAUCCAUGCACACAUACAUCCAUCGAAGUAUUCAUAUCCCAAACCAAAUUCCAUCUCUCAAUAUCUCAACGGCUUUAGCCUGUAGUUCUGGGGAAAGAAGUUCUGAAGGAUUAAAUAUCAGGAUAUGUCGUUACAAAGUGUAAAAAAUCAAUUCAUUGAACUCACC